GUGGCCGGUGCUCCGCAGUCAACGCGCCUGCAAACUUGGACGUGCAUUCGCGCAACUGCGCCCGAGGCUCGAGCGGUGAUGAAGAUGGUCGCGCCCUGGACGCGCUUCUACUCCAACAGUUGCUGCCUGUGCUGCCAUGUCCGCACCGGCACCAUCCUGCUGGGCGUCUGGUACCUGAUCAUCAAUGCCGUGGUCCUGUUGAUUCUGUUGAGCGCCCUGGCUGACCCAAAUCAGUAUCACUUCUCAAGUUCCGAAAUAGGUGUCGACUUUGAGUUCAUGGACGAUGCUAACACGUGCAUUGCUAUCUCGUUUUCUCUUCUCAUGAUCCUGAUAUGUGCCAUGGCCACUUACGGUGCAUACAAGCAACAUGCUGCCUGUAUCGUCCCCUUCUUCGGUUACCAGAUAUUUGAUUUUGCCUUGAACACCUUGGUUGCUGUCACUGUGCUCGUUUAUCCCAACUCCAUUCAGGAAUACAUACGACAGCUGCCUCCUAAUUUUCCCUACAAAGAAGAUAUCAUGUCAGUGAAUCCUACCUGUCUGGUCCUUAUUAUCCUUCUGUUUAUCAGCAUUAUGCUGAGUUUGAAGGGUUACCUGAUUAGCUGUGUUUGGAACUGUUACCGAUACAUCAAAGGAAGAAACUCCUCGGAUGUCCUGGUUUAUGUCACCAGCAAUGACACCACAGUGCUGCUGCCCCCAUACGAUGAUGCCACUGUGAAUGGCGUUGUGAAGGAGCCUCCACCCCCAUACGUGUCUGCCUAG